CGGUUCGACAAUCUCCAUCACCUCAAGCAACCAACUGUUCACGGUCGACCUUUAAUUUAGGUUUACCAGGACUCCAAAGUUUCCUCAACUUUACUGCACGGUUCGAUACUUUCGUGUCAUCAAUCUCCAAAACUUCAACAAAAAUGUCCGCCGCUGUCGACAGUGUUACCGCCCAGAUGGCCACUACCUCCCUCGACAACACCACCGAGACCACCGGUGCUCAGCCUGCGGCAGCCGAGAACGAGGCUGUCCUUGCCAGCGCCGCCGAGGGUAGGCGACUCUAUAUCGGGAACCUCGCGUACGCGACCACCGAGGGGGAGUUGAAGGACUUCUUCAAGGACUACCUUGUCGAGUCCGUCACCAUUCCCACCAACCCGCGCACCUCUCGCCCAGUCGGAUAUGCCUUCGUUGCGCUCUCGACGCCUACCGAGGCUGAGCGCGCCAUCGCCGAGCUGAACGGAAAGGCUAUUCUCGAGCGCAAGGUCUCGAUCCAGCUUGCCCGCACUCCGGAGGCUCACGCUGAGGGCUCUGGUAGCGGCGCGGAGGGUGCUAGCGGUACUGAGCACCGUCGCCGUGCUUCCACCCGGGGACGUGGCCGCGGUCGUGGCCGUGGCGGUCGUGCUGGACGUGGUGGUCGCAAGGCCGACGGUGCCGAGGGUGCCGAACAAGUUGAAUUCGUCGACGCUGCCCCUGCCGACAGCGCUCCAACAAAUGUACCGGGCCAAGUCAUUCCACUCACCGAGACGACGAACGAAGCGCUUACAGCUGACAAGGGCACCGACGCCAAGAAGCCUGCUCCUCCCCGUGAGCGCAAGCAGCGUGGUCCACCUGAGGACGGUGUCCCCUCCAAGACUAAGGUCAUGGUUGCCAACCUGCCCUAUGACUUGAAGGAAGACAAGCUCAUGGAGAUCUUCAAAGACUACUCGCCCGUCAACGCUAAGAUCGCCCUUCGCCCCAUUCCUCGCUUCAUGGUCAAGAAGCUCCAGGCCCGCGGCGAGCCUCGCAAGGGCCGUGGUUUCGGCUUCGUCACGCUCGGCUCCGAGGAGCUCCAGCAGAAGGCCUGUGCCGAAAUGAACGGAAAGGAGAUCGAGGGUCGUGAGAUCGCUGUUAAGGUCGCGAUCGACUCCCCCGGCAAGGAGGAUGACCACCCCGAUGCUCCCGCAGAGGGCGAGGAAGCCACCACCACCGCCGCUGUUCCGGCUGAGGGCGCUACUACCACCACCACCGAGACCCCGGCUGCUGAGCCCGCUGCGGCCUAAGGGCGUUCAGCACCUCGGAGGCAUGCUGGCGGAAUCGUGCAGGGUCCAUGGCCUUAGUUCUAGGACCUGGUUGUACUUUGCCGUUUGUGUGUAUGGGAAGGACGUUUUCGGAGUUGCCUAUCCAUUUAUCUUAUGCUAGACAUCUAGGCACUGGUUUACUUUUAGUCGAGUUACAGGGUCGGAAAAGUGAAUCGGAGUCUUUAUCGGCUAGGUCUGGGUAGGGCCGGUUUAUCGGGAAAGUUUGUC